CUUAAUACUCCAUCACAUUCUUCAAAACGUCCAACGCCUCUCGCACAACCCUGUGGCCGGAGCGGGUCGGCCGCCCUCCUGCUAGCGGUGGCAAAUAGUAGAGAGCUUCGGGAGCAACGCACUUCUGUACGUCCUUCUUUCUAAGAAUCAGGAUGCAUCUUCUCCACUGUUACUGGGAUGAAUCAUCUAGCCCCAGCACCAUCUCCAUAUCCCUGCGAGCAGGCAUCGUUCCCGUCCCCCAGUACGCCAUCCUCUCCCAUCGAUGGGCGGCAAAUCCCGACGACGAAGUCACCUUCGAAGACAUGACCUUUCGCCCUGGUAUUGCGAGGACCAAGAGAGGCUAUGAGAAGAUUAGAGGGUGCUGCGUCCAAGCACUGCGGGACGGUUACAGCUGGGUGUGGAUCGACACGUGCUGCAUCGACAAGCGGAGCAGUGCCGAGUUGUCAGAGGCGAUAAACUCCAUGUACAACUGGUAUGAGAAGUCCGAGACAUGUUAUGCGUACCUGGAGGAUGUCUGUAGCCUGGAUGGCCCAAGUCCCCUCCGAGAGAGCACUUGGUUUAAGCGGGGCUGGACACUGCAGGAGCUGAUUGCUCCUGCGGAGGUAGAAUUUUUUUCUAGGGACUGGAACCGAAUUGGGACCAAGACAGAACUGGCUCCUCUUCUCGCCAAUGUCUCCAGGGUGGCACAGGAUGCCCUUACGGACGGCAUCCAUGUGUAUCAGGCGAGCCUCGCUGAGAAGAUGUCUUGGGCAGCGGGCAGGGAAACUACGAAAGAGGAGGACAGGGCAUACUCACUCAUGGGGAUCUUCGGCGUCAGCAUGCCUACAUUGUACGGCGAGGGAUUCCGCGCUUUUACGAGACUCCAGCAGGAGAUUUUGCGGACGACCAAUGAUCACAGCAUCUUCACCUGGCAAAGGAAGAGCCUGGCCGCCGGAUUACUGGCCGAGUCGCCGGAUGAGUUCGUGCACUCCUCAGAGUGGCUUCCUCUGGACUACCAAAACUUCGUCGACACUUUCGGCAUUUCCAACCCAAAACCCGACUUUACCACGACAAACUUUGGGCUUCACAUCCAACUACCCUUAGCACCGAUUCCUGGAUUCGAAGGCUAUUACCUUGCUUUUCUGGCGUGCACAAGGUCGUUUGAUGACAUUAGUGGUCCUCGCAUGGACUUAGACUCAUGGCCUGCGAUAAUCUUGCGCCGAUCGCCUGGUGGCUUUCCAAGACAGUUCAUGAGAACCAGCUUCCAAAAUCAGAUGAUCACAUAUGCUAGGCUCGCUGACAACGAGGGCUACGAUACCGAACCAAUUUGGAUAUCCUUGGCGGACGAUAUCUCACCACUAGUUUGGAAGGCCUCCAGUGAAGAACUGUCUACUCACCUGCUAUCUCCGGUUUCGGAAGCUACGAACGGAGAUACAGUUACUCUCAUCAUGGAAAGACGCCAUCGGCAUAUCAACAUCGUUGAUGCAUAUCCCCACGACAUGUUCUCGCAUGGAAACGAAGUCCGGCUGGGGAUGUCGAGGACUGCGGCCAAUUCUCUUGGGGUUUUGAUUGCUCGAAAUGAGAGAGGCAGAAGUUAUCUUGCAGUUGUUUUCUUCACUCGUCCUCCUUUCGUGUGUGUUGGGCUUAGUCUCACUCUCGGGCACGAAAACGCGGAUAGAGCCUACCGAACCAUUCUCACCCAAGAGAUUACCCUCAUCGGACUUAUUGCGAUCCCUUUGAAAGGCCCGGACGAAACCUCUAUGUAUGUGGGGCGUUACUUUGUGUCAAUGGAAUGUGUGAAUGCGGGGGAUCUCAUCUACCGUUUCACCAUCGGUCCUGGUCGUCACGAUAGAGAAUUCCGUAGGGGCAUCUGUAGCGGAGAGUCUAUCCAACUUAAUAGUGAGAUGUCGGUCUUUCUUGGGAAGGAUUUAUGAGGGCUGCGAUGGACCGAGAAGGUUUUCCUAUGGAUGGUAUUAAGGUUUUCGUUAGUAUCCAAAAGAGAUGUCUAGCGCCAUAAUGGAGCUUUGCUUACGGAACCUUCCUGAUAAUUGUAGGAUAUCAGUGGAUCUGGACUAGGUUCCCGUUGAAUGAAUAGCUGAUGAAACCUUC